AGCUAGAACAAACCUUCUCUGAGCCACUUACAGGAACAUCAGGCUUAGCUAGUCCAAUGACUUUAACGAAACAGGAUUUCAGUGCAGGACUUCCACCACCAUCUGAGCUGGGCAUUGCUGGCAUGGACAGCAGCAGAGGGAAGGAAAAAGCUGUGUUGGAAUCCUUGGCAGGAGGAGACGCCUUUGGAUCAGUGGAGCCUGUCAAAAAGCCCUCGGGAAGGCUGAUUAUGCACAGCAUGGCCAUGCUCGGCCGGGAGUUCUGCUAUGCGGUGGAGGCUGCCUUUGUUACCCCGGUGCUGCUCAGUGUGGGGCUGCCCAAGAGCCUCUACAGCCUGGUGUGGCUCAUCAGCCCCAUUCUGGGCUUCGUUCUGCAGCCUGUGGUGGGAUCAGCCAGUGACCACUGCACCUCUGGCUGGGGCAAGCGGCGCCCUUACAUCCUGGCUCUGGGCAUUCUGAUGUUGCUGGGUAUGGCUUUGUACCUCAAUGGGGACAUGAUGGUCUCAGCUUUGAUCCCCGAGCGAGGCAAGCAGCGGACCUGGGCCAUAGUGAUAACCAUGCUGGGCGUAGUGCUCUUUGAUUUUGCAGCUGACUUUAUCGAUGGUCCCAUCAAAGCGUAUUUAUUUGAUGUUUGCUCUCAUCAGGAUAAAGAGAAGGGUCUUCAUUACCAUGCUCUCCUCACAGGUCUGGGUGGUGCCCUGGGUUACCUAACAGGUGCUAUGGAUUGGGGGAAUUCUGUACUAGGAAGAUUUUUGGGAUCGGAAUUCCAGGUGAUGUUCAUCAUUGCGGCUUUGGUUUUCCUAAUCUGUCUUACUGUACACUUGUGCAGCAUUCCCGAAGCCCCUCUCAGAGAUGACAGUACAGAAACUAAGCUCUUGCUGAAAGUGGAUGGACCCUCCGAGUAUGGUUCCAUCGAGAGCGUCAACAAUGGUUAUUUAAAACCAGGAUAUGCUGAAAAAAAGAUUUUAUCUGAGUUGGGGAAAUCCACCGAAACACCACAGACACAGAUUCAGACACGGAUGACCGUUAAAUGCCUUCUGAAGGCACUUUUAAGUAUGCCUUCCCACUAUCGCUGUCUGUGCAUCAGUCACCUCAUCGGGUGGACAGCUUUCCUUUCCAACAUGCUCUUCUUCACUGACUUCAUGGGACAGAUAGUAUACCACGGAAAUCCUUAUGCGCCACAUAACUCCACAGCUUACCUUACCUAUGAAAGAGGAGUCGAGAUUGGAUGUUGGGGCAUGUGCAUCAAUGCAAUUUCUUCAUCGCUCUAUUCCUACUUGCAAAAAGCUCUUCUGCCUUGUAUAGGAUUAAAGGGACUUUAUUUCAUUGGAUACCUGCUUUUUGGGAUAGGCACUGGGUUUAUUGGACUGUUUCCCAAGGUAUAUUCUACUCUGGCUCUGUGCUCGCUCUUUGGAGUCAUGUCCAGCACACUGUACACUGUCCCAUUCAACCUCAUUGCAGAAUAUCACAGGGAGGAAGAGAGUCAAAAGGAACAGAAUGGAGGAGAAGCUGAGGCCACUGGAAGAGGGAAGGGAAUUGACUGCGCGGCGCUCACUUGCAUGGUGCAGCUGGCACAGAUCAUUGUUGGAGUGGGUCUGGGGUUCUUGGUCAGUGCUGCAGGCAGUGUAAUAGUGGUUGUGAUUUGUGCAUCCGCUGUGGCAUUAACAGGCUGUUGCUUUGUUGCUUUCUUUGUUCGGUAUGUGGAAUAGAACAGUGCAUAGAUGAAGGAAGAAAUCCCCACGGGAACUUUGUCAUUCUUGAUCUGUAUCCAUUGGGUGCAGUUUCUACACUGAUAUUUUUAUAGCACGCUCUUCUUUCAUUGGCUGGAGUGGUUAAAAUUCCAGGGCAUUAUUUCUCCAGAGUGGAAAUACGUGGUAAAAUUGGUGGCCUCACUUCUCAGGCUGUAAGAUCUCUCCAUGACUUUCCUUCCUCUGCCCCAAUUUUGUGUUAACAUGUAAGCCACUUUCAUACAUGGCAGUGUAAUGCUCUUCAUCAUUAGUGGUAAUGCUCAUCAUUAGCCAAGCUGGAGAAGAGAAGAGAUGAAAUGUGUGGCAAAAAGAAUGUGUCCAGUAAGAGUGAAAGCUGGGGUUACUGAUCCCAAACUCCAAGGAGGUACUUUUAAGAUGGGGGUUCUUAGCCUGGGGUCAUGGUUCCAAGGAAGUGUCAAGGAGUCACACCCAGUGCUUAAUUUGUGCCAGGGCUGAGCCCUGGCACCUCUGGGCUUGGCAGUUCAUAGCCC